AUGUCGACCAGAAUUCCUGAACCAGCUUACCCAGCUAGGAAUGCUGAGGCAUUAUAUGGUGAUAAAAGCCUCUACGCCAAGCUUGGCGAGAUCGCGGAGAAACAGGGUGGGAAGACAAUUAUCGAGGAAUUUGAGAUCCCGAUUAGGAGCGGGAAGGCUUGGGUUGUGAAGAAAGGUCAACUUUGCAAGCUUUCCACUCCUCGUGGCCCCCAGGUGGGAGAUCUGAACAUAUGGUCACUUCACAAUCCCCGAGAGAGAUUCUGGGCUUCGAGAACGAAACAGCUACAUGCGUCCCAUGUCUCUGUGGGCGAUCGAUUAUGGUCUGUGCUCCCGUACAUGAGACCAUUGGUGACCAUCGUGGCGGAUAGUUUGAAAGAGUAUGGAGUGGACGAGGUCGGCGGUCGAUGUCAUGACUUGCUCGGGACAAGAUGUGAUCCAUACGUAAAUAAGCUCUUGAGUGGAGAUGACUUCGAUUUUCAAUGUCAUUCGAACCUUGUCCGAGCUGUGCUGCCAUAUGGGCUGACAGAAGCGGACGUUCACGAUGUAAUCAACGUGUUCCAAGUGACCGGCUUGAAUAAAGAUGGAAAAUAUUUCAUGGAGGCUUCGCCAGCUAAGCCAGGUGACUACUUCACAUUCUUUGCUGAGACUGAUCUUUUGUGUGCGAUGUCCGCCUGUCCCGGUGGAGAUCUUUCUGUCUACGGCUGGGGUGGAGAUUCUGCUCAGAGGAUGCUGGAAACUUGUAGGCCAUUAGGUGUAGCAGUGUAUGAGAUCGAAGGGAAGGAAGAAGUAUUGAAGGAUUGGAAAGAGAGCCAACCACCUGGGUAUAAGGGUAUGCAUGGAUUGAAGAUCCCAGUAUUCGGGCAACAGUAG